CGGCAGACAUAUUCUCGAGAAAUCCGACGGCCACCGCAAGAAUCACCCGGCGUCCUGCGUGAGAGGCGGCGUCAGUACCUCGGGAGAAGCACCCGCUACCAGCCACCCUGACGCAGCUCCUCGUUCUACCCGACAAGCCCUUGAGAGUCCAGAGCCGAGAACCGGGCCGCCAAGAUGGAGCAACAACGCUCGAUGAUGAUGUCGCGCGCGAUGUCGCAGCGCUCCGUCGUCAUCCGGCCGGCAACCCAGGAGACUGGCGGAAUGAUGCAGUACCUACUGACCAUCGUCUUCCUCAUCUGCACCUUCUGGGUCGUCGUCGGCGUCCUCUACUUCAUCUACGGCAAGCGCGGAGCCGGGAAGACGACCCCUGACGACGAAAGUGGUGUCGUCGUCCCAGUCUGCCCUGGUACAGCCGACGGCGGCAAACCGAAUCUCUUGUCCGGCAAGACGAUCAUCUGCUCGGUGCGUCACGACAGCUCCAUGAACCUGUGGGUGCGCCUGCCCGAGGGCAUCUGCCACGUCUUCGUCGCCCUGGGUCUGACGCAGUCCGAUGGCAGCGUACAGGAAGGCCUAGCCCUGAGCGUGGAGCGGCUGCGAGCGGUCGACGGGGCCAAGGCGCUCGUGUCCGUCGACUACGCCGUGAUCAAGUCUAACACCGACGGGUUCGCCCGCAGCCUGAACACCUUUAUGAGCAACGUGCCCUCGCACUUCAAGCGCCACUUCGACGGCAUCGAGGUGCGCGGCAUACCGGUCGCCGACUACGUGGACGACAGCAAGAUGACCGCGCUCAACACCGCCAUCGGCGCGGUGAAGACAGCCGUCGCCAAGGUCCAGCGGGUGAUCGCCACGGUCGCCAUACCACUUUCCUGGCAGGCCCCCGGUGGGAAGCUCGCCAAGUCCGCCACUCUCACGAACGCGGAUACAACUGUCGCCCAGAUCCACUACCUGCCGGGCUCUGGCAGUUGCACCGCCCUCCCCUCCAACAGCGUCAGCCGCAUGGACGAGAUCAAGUCGGUCAUCAGUUCCUGGAACCAGCCGUGCAUAUCCAUCAUGCUGGGCGCCAUCAUCUACACUGGCGCCAGCGGCAAGGGAGCGGCGGCGCAGGGUUGCUCCCUCUACCGAUACUGCAAGGCCGAGUCCCUCAAGGCAUCCUCGGACCUGAUCGCGGACGCCAAGUCCCGAGGGAAGAAGAAGGCGGCCGACUACAUCAUAUACGACACCCCGGACCAAAUACAGGAGAAGGCUGCAGCUAGCCAUCGCGGUGGCGCCGAGCCAGACACCGUACUCCUGUAUGACCAAUGA